CAGAUCAAUAUCCUGAGUUCAACUAAAACAAUUUUCGACACAAACACUAGUUUACUUACAUAAAACCAUAAGAGAUCUUUUCCACGAAGUGACCGAAAGCAGCAAAUCAAUGUCGUUCAAAAGAAAAUAUUAUCGACGUAAAGUGUAGUGAGCUAUUUUUUUAUUUCUGUUUUGUGUCCUAGUCCUGGUUCAGAAAAAAUCAAACGCGUAAUUGUGAACUGAGAAAUAAGUGUUUAUGUAAAAAAAACUAUCCUAACCCCGAAAUUUAUCCUGAAAAUUCCGCGAAACAAAUUCAAAAAGAAAAAAAUUGUUAAAACGAUCAAAAAGUUACCAGCUAAACAGUAUUUUCCGCAAAUGGCCACAAAUUCUACGUACAAUAAGGAUAACGCAAAAGCCUGCGCUGCAACAAUGACGCACGAAAGGUACACCGACACCAACGCGGAUACUCCGCCGACACACAGCCGUAGUCAGCAGUCGUCCUCGAAUGACAAAGCAAAUGUUGGGGCCGACGCCAGCGUUAGUAGCGCGCCGCAUGCACUCCCGCACGCUACCGAUAGCCACCGUUUGGGUGAUGAUGUCUUUGAAAAUGCUUUCGACGAGUCUAUGGCCUGCUUGGAACAAGCCGAAGUGGAUGGUUAUGAAUCGGACUCGGAAAGCGCCAACGAAUACGAUGAUACGGUUAGCGAUUCUCUUGCGCACGGCCUACGUACAAUUGAUAGUGAUAGUCUCACCUUCUCGAGCGGUUUUGGCAGCUCGGUGCUGUCUAGUUUUCCACCAACCGGCACCUUUGACUAUCACAGCUACAGCAGUAGUAGCGAUAGUGACGAGGAAAUUGGCGCCGCUGGUGUGCAAAAUGACGAACGUUUGGCCAAAUUUUCGACGGCAGAGUCUUGCAAUUUGGAUAUCUUCCAUACGCGCCCGUAUCUUUUGCCCUUCGUUGAGCGUCGCCGCUUGUCGCAAUGCAAGGAGGAGGAUGAGGAUGAUGGCGAUAAGUCACCGCAGCCACACACUAGCGACGCAUCCGCGCCAAAAUUCGAGAAGUCGCUGCCCACACCGCCACCGCCACCACCGCCAUCGGCCACUGAUGAGGCAUCCGCUGAAAAGUUCAAAGAACUCGAACGUUUGCGGCAACAAUUCAUGCAUAAAAUUGACAGUAUCAACACCAAUAAUGUGGACGAUAUUAAAACGGUGCCGGUGACCGCAGAUAGUUUUUCGCCACCACCGCCGCCGCCUAUACCGCCAACCGUAUUGCCGCCUUCACUAAUUAAUUUGCUGCAAUCGACAAGGAAAAAACCACUAGCGAUGAUUAAGGCAGCCGAACCGCGCAAGGCAAUAAUGCCGGCACCACAAAAAUCACCGGCGGCUAAGAUGGCGUCAAGCGAAAUGUUGGGUGACAAUCAAUCGUGUGCCCCAAGCUAUGCUAGCAACGUGUCUACCGCGAACCACAAACAAAUUACGCACACCGAGGCAGCAGUGUUGAUACCAAUUCAAACAAAACCCACCACAACUAGCCAUCUGUCAAGCCACACCAUAUUAUCUGCAGGCGACACCGCCGUAAAUGCAACAAAAGUUGCGCAACCCACAUUGCCACGCGCUGAAAGCUCAGAGAAAAUGGUUAUUAAAGGUAAAUUCACCGUAACCAAAGCCAAAGAGACACCCGAACUGCAACAACUACGCACCGAGGCGGAUAAGCUGAAACAUUUGAGCUCAAGCGCGAAUGCACACACCAUCAGCUUUCCCAGCAGCUAUGGUGGUUAUACCUCUGUGCAGGGCCUCUUCUCUCAACGCUACGGCAGUCACAAAUUUCCCGUUGUUGCUCCGCAUCUUUCAAAGAAAUUUUUCGAUGCAUCUUUGGUUGAAAUACGUACACCGGCCGCCAGCAAUACAUCGUUGAAUCAAGUCGGCUUCGAGGAGCGCCCCAAGAGUGUACAGAUCUCAAAAACCAAUACGACUACACCCAAAGCCCAUACAACAACUCUCAAUCACCACCAAAGUUACAAUAAUUGUGAUAAUAGUUUAGUGAAAUCGCGCGGUGAUCUCGCGCAUUUAGAUGAUGUGUGGAUCAAACGAUCGACGACAGCAACACCGCCAAAGAGGCAAAUGACGGACGAGAGCGCAUUCGAAAGUGGCCGAACAACGGCUGCGCCAUCUGAAGAUGAACAAGAUGGACGUUUGCCUGGCUCGCGACCCUCUAGCGCACCGGCGGAACCCAAUGCCAAAGCAGCACGCAAGGCUUCCAAAAAGAUGGAGAAGGAGGCGAAGCGACAAGAAAAGGAAGCUAGUCGUCGCGAAAAGGAGGCGCGCAAGCUGGAGCGUGAAACAGCGCGUCGUCAAGAACGCGAAGCGGCCAAACUGGAGAAGCUCAAUCGCAAUAUGGAGAAAAUAUCACGCAGUACCGAACGUGUUGGCGCCACACCACGCUCCGGUUCGUUAGAGCGACGACGCAGCGGUGAAGAUUCACCCGUGCUGAAUCAGUCGACAGUGCACGGUAUCGCGAGUCCCAAUCGUCGUCCCACCAUAUUCGAUGUAUUUAGACAGCGUACCAAAUCGGAUACGAAGCGUAAAGAUUCACUGCUUCUGGUCACUGGUAGUGGCACUGUAGCCGGCGCGCCUGGUACGGAUAACAGCAGUUCGAGUAGUACACACUCUGGCAGUGGUGGUGGCGGUGGUGGUGUUGUUGGCGGUGGUGGUAUUAUGAAUCAAAUGAAAGUGGUCAUGCAGAAUUCGGGUUUGAUUGGCGGCCAUCAUCAUCAUCACGAUAAACGUCAACAUCCAGCGGUAACGAUAACCGCCGCGGAAGGUGGCAGUGCGAAGAAUAAGUACAAAGAUGGUUCGGCGCAUCCGCAUCAAGGCAGCGAUGCUCAGUACUAUCACACCGUUACAGCGGUACGUCGUGCUGACGCCUCCCGCUCACCAAUGACCAAAGUAAUGGAUUUGUUUAGGAGCCGUUCAAAUUCGGCGGCAACCGAAGCGGAUAAACGCAAAGCGCGAGCAGCAGCGCAUCAACAGCAGUUGGCCGUGCAAAGUGCUCAUAUGCGUCGUGCCUCAGCCGAUUUGGAGAAACGACGUGCUUCUUUGGGUGCAGCCAGUCGAGGCUUACGUGGCGACGGUACUUUAGAUCCGCAUCAUGCCGCUAUUUUAUUCCGCGAUUCCAGAGGGUUGCCGGUCGCUGAUCCAUUCCUGGAAAAAGUAAACCUCUCAGAUUUUGAAGAAGACGACUCACAAAUUUUCGUGAAAUUCUUCCGGUUCCAUAAGUGCUACGAUCUAAUACCAACCUCUGCAAAAUUGGUGGUAUUCGAUACACAAUUGUUGGUGAAGAAAGCUUUCUAUGCGCUUGUCUAUAACGGUGUACGUGCGGCACCACUUUGGGAUUCACAAAAACAACAAUUCGUUGGCAUGUUAACUAUAACUGAUUUUAUAAAAAUUCUACAAAUGUAUUAUAAGUCACCAAAUGCAUCGAUGGAACAAUUGGAGGAGCACAAGUUGGACACAUGGCGAAGUGUGUUACACAAUCAGGUUAUGCCAUUGGUUAGCAUCAGUCCGGAUGCUUCACUCUAUGAUGCCAUUAAAAUUCUCAUACACAAUCGUAUUCAUCGAUUACCAGUCAUUGAUCCAGCGACGGGCAAUGUUUUGUAUAUAUUAACACAUAAACGCAUACUGAGGUUCCUUUUCUUAUAUAUUAAUGAAUUACCAAAGCCCUCGUAUAUGCAAAAGACCUUGCGUGAUUUAAGGAUCGGCACAUACGACAACAUUGAGACUGCAGAUGAGAACACAAGCAUUAUUAUGGCGUUGAAGAAAUUUGUCGAGCGACGAGUAUCUGCGUUGCCGUUGGUAGACUCUGAAGGACGGCUUGUUGAUAUUUACGCGAAAUUUGAUGUAAUUAAUUUGGCCGCAGAAAAGACCUACAACGAUUUAGAUGUCUCACUACGCAAAGCCAAUGAACAUCGCAACGAAUGGUUCGAAGGUGUACACAAUUGUCGUUUAGACGAAACACUCUACACAAUUAUGGAGCGCAUUGUGCGCGCCGAAGUGCAUCGUCUCGUCGUCGUCGAUGAGAAUCAGAAAGUGAUUGGUAUUAUCUCAUUAUCCGAUAUACUGUUGUACCUGGUUUUACGCCCAAGCGGCGAAGGUUUAGGCAACGCUGACAAUUCACUACGCGCAUCAGAUCCCAUACUGAAGCGUAAGUCGUCCGAUGAUGAAGAUGCUGAUACAAAAUCAUCGGGUAGUCGUAGUAUUAUUGAAGAUAUACCCGAAGAAGAGCCAGCAGCUGUGGUGACAACUACAGUGCUGCCACCAACGGGUGAAGAAUCAGCUAUUAUUGUGACGAAUAGUGACAAAUUUAAACGUGAAUUAUGUGAGGAAGUUGAUGCUUCCACACAACAACAAAAGCAGAAUGGUGAUAGUAAUGCCGCCGAAGUGUCCUUUGCCGCCGAGGCGGAAGAAGAUCCUGUAGAAGAGGAUGCCGAGCCGUUAAGUGAUAAUGAUGAUGAUGUCGUAACUGGGCAAUAUGUGGACCUAAAGAAAACGCUUGGUGCGACAACGGACGAUGAUACAGAAUUGGAGACAGCAGCGUCGGCAGCAUCAGCGUUGGGUGGUGGUGUGCCAACAAGGACGGCACAUGAAAUGGCACUUGUUAGUGAAUAAAUUUACAAUACAUAUACACAUAUAAAUAUAUAUAUAUAUAUAUAUAUAGUUAUAUAUUUCAACAUAUAAACAUAUAUAUAUACAUACAUACACACAUACAUAUAGUUUGCGUUUUUUAUUUUUUAGUCAAACGAAAAUUUUUUAACUUUGAUUGUUGUUACUAUAAAUGCUUCGAAACCUUAAGCAAACAAAUAAAACUAAAAAUAUAUAAACGAAUUAACAUUCAAUUUGAAUGUAGAGGUUUGCAUGUAAAUCAAUCUUGUGCAAUUAACGGCAACACGACGACGCUGAAGUCACUGAAGUCGCUGAGUCGCUAAAGCUCACGAGCACUGAAGGUGCACAGACUUCAUUAAGGAGCAAUGUAAGGAACAAACAAGUACAGUUAUCAAGCUUUUGAUUUUAAAAGGGCUUUACAAACUCUUAUAUUUUAAUAAAAGAUUAUUUUUUUUUUUUGUAUUUAAGUAGAAAUUAUUGGAAAAUAGCGAAGCAACAAAAAAUUCUUAAAAAUUGCUUGUAAAAUAAAAGUCAUUAAAGAAAUCAUGUCGUAAGUUGUAGGCAAAGUAUGAAACAGUACAUGCUAUAAACUAAUAGUAACUAUGUAUGUUAAUGGGACAGGAAGGCUGGAUAAGAGAAAUUUGUGGAUAAUGAUGUAAAUGUGUAAAAUUUGUAACUAACAAGCUUCCCAUAUUAUAAACACCAUAAACAUAUAGAUUUCAUAACACAUAACAUAAAUAUGUAUGCACGCUUUUGUGGCAGAGUAAAUAAACCAUAAAAAGAAAUAUUUUAUUUAUGUAAAGAUAUAAUUAAUUAAAAACGAAUUAGCUUACAACCAUACACAAACAGAAGCAUAAAAAGCUAAUAAACUCAAAUAAUUGUAAAAAAAACGAAGAAAAAAGAGGUUUUAAUUGCAAACAAAUACGGAAACAAAGAGACCAUACCAACUAAAAGCAGUCGCUUUUCCAUAUACAUACAAACAAA